GCUGAUCCCGAGUGCGCCGCUCGGGCGGGAAGAUGGCGGCGGACCGAUGACGAGCCGCGCGCCCCGAUGAAGAAGCGCCGAGGUCCGCCCUGGUGGCUACUGCUGGGGCUGGUGCUGGCCCAGGCCAGCGAGUUCCCCGAGCGCGAGUGCUGCGACCCCAUCUACCCGCUGCCGGCGCCGCCCGCCUCCACGACGCCAUAUCCGUCAGCUGCCACGCCGACCGGCCGUUCAGGACCAAACAUAAAGACUGCUGUUGCAAUACUGAAUUGCUUGAUAGCGCGCCAGUUGUGUUUUGAAGAUCCAUCAUGCUCAGCGAUCCUAGAAAUAAUUCCACGUGUAUGCGGUCCAGAGCUCGUUGCCUGCUCUACUGUUACGGUGACAAAAUGCCAGGCGGCUCUGAGGACUUUACAGGCGUUUCCAUUUUUCAAACCUACGUGCCUGUGUCGAGAACCUCAUGUGGAGCCCGAAUGCAACUCGUUCAGGGAUUUCCUCUUCGACCAUCCCUGCAUCUUCGUUUCGAAGAAAGAGAAAGAUCCAUAUCCUGUCGAUGCCCUGCCAACGUGUAACCACGCUUUGUCCGUCUGCCAGCAAGAGAGGAAAUGCAUAUCACUGUUUGAUGAUUUCAAGACUAACUGUAAAGUACGAGAAGGAAAAUGCAGAAUGGAUGACCGGGAUUUGUGUCAUGAUGCUUGGACAAAGUUGAGGUUAUCCCCUAUGUUUGGUUGUAUCUGCCCAAACAACCACAUGAAGCGACGCUGCGAUAGGAUAUUCACCACAGUUAACCACAAUCCUUGUGUCGACGUUCUACCAGCCUACCUUGAUUUAUCUGGCACAGAUUCUGCACUCUAUCCAUAUGACCCAGAGCAAGAAAAUUUCCGGGAAUUUUGGUUUCCCCCAGCAACCAGCUUAUACCCUUACUUUCUGUUUCCCUCACACGACCUGCGCCCUCGCCUUCCGCACUCACCUCACUACCCUCACUACCCUGGCACGAUAAAUGGCACUCAACUGCCCGUAGAAGAAACACUCAACACUUCACUAGAAUACGAUGAUCCAAAUGGCAAAAUGAAUUCUACAUAUUCGGGGUCAAUUUCAGUUAAGGUGAUAUCCAUGGAAAAACCUUCGUUUAACACCAUCGAGUCUCAGUUAGAGAACCCGCUUGUUGGCAUCAACGACAACUAUAAAGGCAGCGGCCACCUUAAGUAUGCACAAAAGAAUAACCAUCAUGGGAUGAAGUCUUACGUAAAUGACAGCUUUACUGAUGAAGACGAAGCCGUGCGACGAGUUAACAUUUACUACCCGACCAGGAUCUCGAAGAUACAGUCAAGUUCCAAGCCAGAUGAUGAUCAGCCCAAAAACUUUACAUUCCAAAGCACCUGUCACGUGGCGCUCAACAUGUGCAACCAGAACCACAGCUGCCAGGUUGAGCUGGAGCCAGUCCUGCAACACUGCGACCAGUCGCGGUGCAACCGUGAGCAGUGCAUGGAGGCGCUACAGAACUUCUACAGGAGAGCAGAUCUUUCCUGGAGUCUGGAGGUCGCCUUUUGUCUAUGCAGAAAGACUGAUAACAAACAAGACAAAUGCCUAAUAGCUCAAGAGAAACUUCACCCAGUGUGCGCGCAAAGAAUGGAAGGAGCAGGAUCACCAACAUGCCAUUCGCUUGCUGAACUGUGUCGAGAAGAGCGAGAAUGCAGGAGCCGGCUAGAAAACUACGAGCAGUCCUGUGCUGUGGACAGUGUGACCAAGAAAUGUGCCGGACCACCAGCAGAGUGUCGAAAGUCGAUGCUCGGCAUCUUGGGCACUGAGUUGCGGUCAAACUGCGCGUGCAAGGGCACUGAUAUGAUGCAACUUUAUGACUGCUUGGGGUGGCAGCGUCUGCUCUGGGUUAAUCCUUGCGUAGUGGAAUCACAGAAGGACUUCCAUGCGAAGAAGUUGGUUGUGGCAACGACUACGCGAAGUCCCAUCGUUGAUACGAGCAGCAUAAGGCCCGCGGCAAGCGCAACGCCCGGGCAUGUAGGCUCUUCAGCAAUCCCAGUGGUGACCUUGGAGGUGGCGUCCAGCGAGCGAACAGCCAUCACCUUGCCAAACCUCGCCAGCACCACUGUACCUCCGCGAUUUUGUGUGGUGCAGAGUCCAUAUCAUUCAGAUGAGAAAAUCAGAGAAGGCCAAGGAAAACGGCUGUACCGAGAUGACGAGCCAGAAUGUUCAGAGGUGUGCCAGUGUAAUGAAGGCGACUUGCUGACAUGCAACACUGUGUGUGUAGAGAGGCUUCCAUGCAAAACAGAGUUUGCCUUCUACAACCACAAAGCACCAGCCUACCAGGCUUACAGAGGUCGUUGCCUUUGUUACUCUGGCAAAUUUAUAUGCAUGCGACCUUCACCAGAGAGUUACAAUUUGCCAGAAGGUGUAUUUUUGUUCCUGGGCUACAGUGAGACUGAUGAAAGUUUGCUGAAACCUCACAGUAACCUUUCUAUUCAGGAUGCAGUUUCAUCUUUAGAAGCAUUGAUGCGUCAGGAAGUUAGCAACAAGACUUCGUGCACACUGAUGAUAUACAACGUUACGAAGGAUAACAUGAUUGUGAAGGCCAAACUGAAUGCAGAGAAAGUGACCUCUGGAAGUCCAGAAGCAGUGCGUCAUUCUUCACUCGACCAUUUGAUGAGAGAGAAGAAUGAGUGUGCUGGACCCUUGCACAACAUCAGUGAGAAGAUAAAUUCUCACCACCCAGAAUUCCACACGCAUCUUCUGCUAUCUAUUAUCAAGAUGGCGGAAGUGGAGGUGAAAGUACCAGUCGAGAGCAGCGCAGCUCUGCAGGUGUUCUUGCCGUUGAAAGCAAUGAUGAUGGCGCUGGUUUGCCUGUUUCUCCGCUGGUGCAGCACCGUCCCAGAAUGUCUGCCGCACUCGUGACAACUCAGCAAUUGAGAAACUUGCAGUCUACAUCACAUCUUCUCAGCUCUAAACAUUUAAUAUCUAUGCGUUAUCCAUCCGCAGUUCAAAUCCAUGCAUUCUUGCUCGGGACGAGAUCGCGUGAACGGAAUAAUUUUUUGUGUAAAAAGUGGAAAACAAUUGAAAAUUUAUUCCUAUCAUAGAACUGAUGCACAAAAGAUCGUAAAAUCAAUAUGAUUCAUAUAAUUUGUCCACUUGCAGUCCAACUAAGUAUGAGUGUACUUAAUUAUGUAGGGCCUACAAGAAGAAACAUAACACACAAUUUUGAAUGAGAAACAAAGCAUUUUGACUUUAAUCUUAUGAGCAUGCAGAGUGAACAGCUGUGGUUAAAACAUAUUUCUAUUCAGGAAAGAUUUAAAGUGUGUGAAGAAAUUUGCAUGUAGCAAAGAGUUUUGAAGUACAAACUUUACCAUGAAAAAUGGUAAGCAAACACAAAUUUGGUACAUUGCAACAGUAAGUCUUAAACUUUUGUUGUCAUUUUGCUAAAAAAAAAAUGUUUAGAACUACAAAAUAUUUUCUUUACAACUGAUGCCAGAUGAAAAGAUUUGUUAUAUAUGCAUGCCAUUCGCAGACUCUUUUAUAGACAUAAAGUAAUAUAACUGGCAGUUCCCUUUCAUGCAUUGAGCUUUCAAUUAUAUAUUACUUAUUGACUUGAUUAUGCAUUUUAAACACUAUUUUGUGUAAUUUUUUUAAUUAUACAUUGGUUCGCAGCAAAACUUUACUUUACCACUGUUAAUUGAUGUUAUACGACUGAAGCCGUAUUCCUCUCCGAUGUAAACAAAACAUGCAUGAAGAUAAGCAGUUGUAAACUUGUAUGAUAACUCACAUUAACUAUAUGAUGGUUGUUUCGUUAUGAAUGACUGUGAUGUUGUUUACCAUGUCGCAGAAGAAUGUAAUGAUUUCAAUGAACGUCUUCCUUAAUAUCACUGUUUGUUCCUUCCAAAGUGUACAACUUUUAAAAUAAUCUUUUUCGUGUGAAAUUGAAUCAUAGUACACAAAUUCACACCAGAGAUUCAAAGUGUCAAAUAGUGCCAACAGAUAAAUUGUUUCAAACUACUCGUGAUGAGGAUAUGGUGAAUGAUCUACACUCCUGGUGUGCUCAAUGCAUGUAUAGGGUAAGCACAUGUCAAGAAUACAAACUGUUUUCUACAAAUACAUCUUCAUUUAAGAAUUCCUUGAUAUGACUUUCGCACAUUGUAUAAACGGCAUUUACAGUGUUGUAACUUGUCAAAUAAUUUAAGAAGUUAAUUGGUCAUAAUAAAUGGAAUAUAGUAAACAUUAUGUUUUGACAUAGGUACCUAUAUUCUGAAGGAAAAAAAUAAGCUCAGCUGAAGCAACUGUAUUCCAAAUAUUCUUAGUACUGAUAAUGCUUGGUCCACAGUAAAAGCUUUCACGCUGCUUAAAUUGCAUCAAGAUUAGUAGUUCUUGCUAUGAUUGCACUUAACUCUCUUCGAGCAUAUGAAAUAUGUGAUUGCAAAACCAUCCAAGCUAACCCUCUAUACAAAAAUAUGUAAGAAAACCAUGGCUUGCAAUUGGAGACUUCCAAAAAACCUUAAACGUAAGCCCAUUAAUUUUAUUUAGUAGAGGAAUUUUGCUUGAGUCUUAAUAAUGUGUGUACAAAGAUUCAAAAAUCGCAAUUAUCACCUGUAUGCCCCUGCACUGCUAAAAAUGUACGUACAUAAUAGAGAAUUAAAUUAUUAGCAGAUUUUAUAUUUUUCUCCCAUCCAUUGAGUCAGUAGUUAAGCAUGCAAUAUCUACACGAAAAAAAGUAAGGCUGAAGUAAAAUCUUCUGUAAACCCUACUAGACAAACUAGUUAAGUUGUUGAUAUGUGUAAAAUUUUAUUGAAUAAACAUGUUUUCUUAAACAGGUGUG